UUAUACAUGGAGAUGUUGUCACAGCUGUGGUCGUUGCUGGGGCUGCUGACAGUCCUCCAGAAUGUGCUGCCUUCCCAGCUGCUCUCCCUCCUCCACUCCCUAUACGAGUCCCUCCAAGACAUGCUCACCCCCUACUCCUACUUCGACGUCCCCGAGUUCAACGGCUACUGCGGCGUCCACCUCAAUCACCUCUACCGCCAUGUCAACCUCUACCUCAACUCCCUCGUCAACGCCAACGCCUCUGCCAGUUCUGCCACCUCCUCCUCCUCCUCAUUCAAUUCCCGCCUCACCCUCUCCCGCUCCAACUCUUCCAACCGCAUCUCCUUCACCGUCGCCCCCAACCACUCCGUCCACGACUCCUUCCGCGGCCUCACCCUCUCCUGGACCCACCACGUCGACACCGUCCAAGACUCCCUUGAAGAGAAGCGCUCCUUCGUACUCAAGCUCCCCAAGCGCCACCGCCACGCCCUCCUCCAGCCUUACCUCCACCAUCUCACCGCACGUGCCGAGGAAUUCGAGCGCGUCUCUCGUGAGAGGCGGCUCUUCACCAACAACGGCCACGCCUCCUACGAGUCCGGCUGGGUCUCCGUCCCCUUCCGUCACCCCUCCACCUUCGAAACCCUCGCUCUCGAACCCCAACUCAAGAACCAGCUUACCGGAGACCUCACGGCGUUUGCCGAGGGCAAAGAGUUUUACCACAGGGUGGGACGCGCGUGGAAGCGGGGUUACCUUCUGUACGGCCCUCCCGGUUCAGGCAAGUCGAGCUUGAUCGCUGCCAUGGCCAACUACCUGUGCUACGACGUCUACGACCUCGAGCUCACCAAGGUUUCUGACAACUCGGAGCUGCGAGCUCUGCUCAUACAGACCACCAACCGCUCCAUCGUAGUCAUAGAAGACAUAGACUGCUCCCUCGAUCUGACGGCUGACAGGCAGCAGCAAAUGAUCUCGAAUUCAACUUCCAAGGCUAGGCUGAGAUCAUCGAGGAAGCAGGCUCAGCAGAAGCAGGACGACGACGAGCAAAACGGCGGAGGGAGAGUGACGCUGUCGGGGUUGCUCAACUUCACGGACGGCCUCUGGUCUUGUUGCGGAGAUGAACGCAUCAUAGUGUUCACCACCAACCAUAGGGACAAUGUGGACCCGGCGCUGCUGCGCUGCGGACGCAUGGACGUCCACGUCAGCCUCGGCACCUGCGGUCCCCACGCCUUCCGGCAGCUGGCAAAGAACUACUUGGGGCUCGAUGCCCACCCGCUCUUCGAGGCAGCGGACGGGUGCGUGAGGUCGGGCGGGGUACUCACGCCGGCCCAGGUGGGAGAGAUUCUGCUCAGGAACAGAGGGGAUGCUGACGUGGCAAUGAAGGAGGUGGUGUUGGCGAUGCAGGCCAGAAACUUGGGUGUUGAUGGGGGAAGCCGAGAUCAACUAGCGGAGCUUUACUCAUCGUGUGAUGAUCAGACGGUGAGGAUGAGGUCAUCGUCACCGGAGAGCGUGCUGGUGGGAGUGGGUGGUGGGUCACCGGAAAAUUGGGUGACGUCGUCACCGCGGGGGAUGGGGAGGAAGAAGAAGGCGGCUGCUGGGGCUGAAGCUGAAGGGGAUCAGAGCAGCCAGCGGAUGAAGAUGAAAUUGUUAGUGAGGCUUAGGUCUUUGACCAAGUCCGACUCCGGAAGGAGGGGAGUCUGACCCUCCGCUCCUUUCAUAACUCCAUCAUUUGUUAAUUAAUUAAUUAUCUAGUAAAUUAGUUCUUCUUUU